AUGUCGUCUUCAUCUGGAAAGAAUGAUUGGAACAAGAGCAAGAGAAGUUUCGCAACCAAAUCCUCCAGGCGGUUCUACACGCAAGUCUCGACAACUGACAACAUCGAAGCGACGACGCAAGCGAAGAAACAAGAGGCCCGCAGAAAAGGUGCGAGAUGCAGUGACAAAUCAUUCUGUCGCAUGAAAGAAUCGGCACCAGCCACGAAGCAAGAGAUGAACUCCCACAAUGGAAAGUUUGUCACCCACAACGAAGUACGUGAUUCAUUGGGGAGAGCAUGGCGUGCUGUUUUGGUCCAGCUUGUUGCAGUAUCCUUCGAUGAGACCAAUGCUCUUCGCUUGACACGAUUCUUGCAACUCUUCCUCCCGUUUUUGACUGGGCACGAGGCGUUUGCGCUUGGACAAGUCAUUGAAGCAAUGGACAAGGGCAAAACGAAGGAUAUCAAAGACGUGCUGAAGCAAGCAUUCCAGAACCGCAAUGUCUCUAGGAUUCUAGUACAAAGCUUGAGACUACGCUAUGAUUUCCUUUGGCACUGGAGCACCAUGAUAACGUGGAAUCGAUUGUUUGAUUCCUGGGGUCUAGUUCCUGUACUUGGAAUCACUCGAUUCCCGGCCACAGAGAACUUUCCAGCUACCAGAAAUCAUGCUUUAGCAUCCAUGUUUCGGCUCCUCCUUGGACCAGGCAAUUGGCCAACUCGGGUGGUCACUCAGGGGAGGGAAGGUCUCAUUACAGACAACCCAAACAAUACAGCACAGAAUCUUGCCGCCGAAAGCAACGGCUUUGAGCUUGCCAACCGCAAUCAGUUUGGAACGUAUUUCGGCAGACGAAAGCUCAACGAGUUUCGGUUUUCGCAUCGGCUCCCCACGGACGAGUCAAUCGUCAGGACCUUUGUGGCGCAGCCAAUGCCUACGAUGGUAAACAAUGGAGUGUUUCAUGUUAUUCGUCAGUUGGCCAAUCAUUGGAACAACAUGCUAAUGCAGCCCUGUGGGAACUUUUCCCACCAACGAAUGGAGCAACUAGAUCCUUUCGAAACACUUCGAUUUCACAUUCCAGAAGUUCUUUUGGUACUUGCUUCCCUACGGGGACGAAAUGAGUGGGACUCAAGAGUCAUGGGCCCUCUGAUCAAAAACCUUCAAGCCCUAAAGCCAUCCUCCACUGCCAACAAUGCGCGCAAACUAGCCCGCACUUUGGGCAAGACCAUCAUUGGACCAGUUUGUGCAGGAAUACCUUCCUUGAUAAAUCCAUUUCGAAGUUGGGUGCAUGACAUCGAGAUUGCCUGUGAUCGCAUCGACGAGGAAGCCUUGGCCGUCUACAAGUUGGUGUCUGGUGUCGAAGAGGGAAUCGACCUGGGCUACGAGCUGUUCACCAAAGUGAGCUGGAAGGUGCCGUCGGAUGGACAGCUUCGAAAGUUGAUUCUUGAUCAUAUUGAUGGGAAAUAUCAAUCGAAAAGGACAAGUCAAAGGGUGAGAAGUGCGCUGCAGUUGACAACUCCUCGUGACAAGAGGACUCUGAUUGAGUUGGUGCAGAAGAAUCUCGCAGAAACAAAGCCAGCAAAGCUCCUUCUUGGCCGCGUGAAGACAUUGCUUCAACGGGAGCUCCGACGUGAUCUUUUGAAUAAGACCAUUCAUCAAAUGUCGAAGGGGCAGAUGGUAGCUCAUCCUGUGAAUGGCAAAUGGUACUGGCUGGAAUCCACGGAAUCAAAUGAAGAAGGAGUCUACGUCUUCGACAAAGCAGGAAGCUCUUCAGCAGUUUUCAGGUUCGUAAACAUUAGAUAUGGAAGGGAAAGGUUUGUCUCGAGGCUUAAUUCAACCGUCCAGAUGAGAAAGUACGUGGCUGUUGGAGAAGCUAUAAGCCGAGCGCAGAAAGCUUUCAUGACAAUAGAGCUGGAGUUUGGCAAUCGGUUCACCUACAACGCAUUCAUGGAGCUUAGCUUUUUGCGAACCUUGCUCCGACGUCUCCUCGUAGUGUCCCAACUAACAUGUGAAGAGCUGGAUGCUGCAAGGGUGAACGUUCUUAAGGACAUGCAGAACCGUACUGAAACAAGAGUGAAUCCUUGCGAUUUGGUAGCUGGUUCAACCUAUUAUGCAUUCAAUCCAAGGACCAGAACUUAUGUACGUUUUGUACAUCAUACGACGAGAUCCAAUGCAAAGGACCUCAACCUGGCGGAACUUGCAAGGCAAACUAUUGUCCGUCUUCCUCCACAAAACAUGACCAUCAUCGGUGGAGGCCCCACGGGGCUCAUGACGGCAAUUCAUUGUGCAGAGAAUGUGCUCUUGUCCGGUGGAACGGUGCAGCUUUAUGAAGCACGAGAUUCCUUUGCGAAAGGUGGCUCAUCGUUUGAGAGAGCACAAAUUGUUCGACUAGAUGCUCGCUGGAUCGCAAUGCUUCGAUAUCAUCUUGGCACUGGCUUUGAAGAUGUAUUCAUACCGGCAUCUGGGGAGACAGAUUCUCAGCUAGGCAACACCUUACCCACACAAGGCUUUGUCGAGAUCACCAUCAAAGACUUGGAGAGCCUCUUGCACUCUGAGGUAUCAAGACUAUGGUCAAAAGGAAUCAUAUCUGUUCAUGCUGAUUCAAAAGCAAAGUUUGACAGUGACUCCAACCGGCUCACAAAGCUUGGAAAACACCUGAAAGUAAACGAUAUAAUCCUGAGAAACGUGGACGAAAAUGGAGUUCCUUGCCGUAGAGAGGUCAGAUGGAAAGUUGUUCAUCUGAUAUAUUCCCAGCCGCUUGGUCUCGAUGAUCUCCGAAUAGACAAGGAGUACGGUGUGUACGUCAGACAGGAGAACACCGUCUUGCCAUUCAAGCUUGUUCAUGUGUGUCUUGAGUCCAAGAUGUACAAGUUUGAAUCUCUUAUGGAUGGCAAGCGCCUUGAAGUCGACCCCCGCAACCUGCCCUCGAUCUAUCCUAAGGACACGGAAAUGCAUGCCGACGUGUACGCCAUUGCUCUAGAAUGUUCGGUGAUAGGGAAGGAGGGGUUCAAGGCCCGACAGGAGCUAUUGAUGAAGACUAUCAGCGACAGGAAGUUUACCUUGGAUGUUGGUAACACCCACGUAAUAGAGGCAAUCGGAAAAUCACAUGAGUCGAAAGUCCACCUUAGGGCGACUACGCCCGAACCAUAUGGUGUCUUGUGCAUGCAGGGAUUAAAGAUUUCCAUGGGUAUGCAUAACUUUGGCGAGAAGCGCUGGGGCUCUGGUGUGCUAGAUGACAUACGAUCUCAGAAUGAUCAAAAUACGCGUAUUGUCGGGGAUUUCACGAAGAUGGUGCGCCUGCAACCCAUUCUUGAGAAGAUGCAUGAUCUUGUGUCGUCUGAUGAGAACUGGAAGGUUCAGUUUGAAAAGAUACUGACGCCCUCACUUCUCAAAGGUGGCAAGCUCAAGGCUGCAAUAGCGACGAUUGAGAGAGCAUGCAAGUGGCAAGCACAAAACGCAUUGAAAGUAAGAAGACAAACUCUCCAGUGUCGCUUCUUUGAGACCGGCGAUCAGUUCUAUUUAGGGAUGGAGUUUCCACGUGAAUAUGAUGAUUGGAAAAACAAGCUUGCAAAGCAUGUUGCGUCUCUGGCCAAGCCAGGGGGUACGAUGGACAAUCCUAACAGAAUGGAAGGUCAAUUGAUGCACUACAUAGAUCGUCUCUGGUACGAAGCGUGCCUGGAAACAAUUCGAACGGGCGACGUUUACAACCCAGGGGCUCGACACAGAGUCCCUCGUCUGUAUCUGAUCAAUUCGCACUUUGAUGUCGACCUUGGCAGCCUUGACGAAAGCGAGAGCUUCCGGUUAUGCGAGAACACUGAUGACAGAUUUGAGAUACUCAUCAAGAAGUCUUCAGAGAUCAUCGUCCGCAACGUCCAGGGCCGCGUAUCCGUGGUUGCCCCCAAUGUAAAGGUUCGCCGAGAAGGAAAUCUAACAAGAACCCCCGAUGGCAACGCCGAAUCAAAGGUUGCGCUCGCGACCUUUCCCGUUAGCCACUACGUGAACUAUCGAACGCUCCGGGUGAAUGAGGCACAUCAAGACUAUGUCUUUGCCUUCAUCGGCGAUGAGCAAGCUACUCCACAUUUCAUGCGUUACAGUGGUCUAACCGGAGCGUGCAUCAACGCCAUGUUACUCAACGACUUCAUACAGCAAGCUAUUGAUGGUGCACCUUUCCUGGAGCGGUACGCAAGCUAUUCAAGUCAAACGAACUGGUCAUCGGGAGAAGUGGUCACCAGGGGGUCGGGGGCUUGCUUUGGAGAAGACGGCUUCUUACGACCAGGGUUUUCUUACCCAGACUUGGUCGACUACCUUUAUGCUCGAGUGAUCGAACACCGCGAGAGCAGUCAAGACUUGAAAUCCUUAUUGACCAAUGAGUGGACGGUCAAACUUGCAGCCUCGUUGAUACCACGUGGCAUGGAACUCAACGAAGACUUCAUUCUUUCUUUGAGGCUUCACUUGAGACACGCCAUAUUCAAUAGAGUCUUUGGCCAGGUUAGGGGAGAUUGGCAAGUCGGGCGAGGCACGUUGGAAUGCGCAUUGCAGCAGGCUCGGAAGAACAAGGGUGAUAGGCAGGCCGAGAUCAUGGAAUGGGACGGAGUGUUGGAUCCACUCCAGGUCAGCCCAGAACUGAAGAAGCAUCUUCAAGACUUUCACAUUCCAAUGGCCAAGAGUUUAGAACAGGCUUGCAGCCAUGUCAUUCGGCACGCGUCGUCUGCAUACGUAUACAACAAGAGGGUCUCAUCAGAGCUAUACAAUCAACCAAAGCCGGUGGAUUCGGUCUUUGACGAUUUUGCGGUGGAGGCUCAGAACUUUGCCAAUUCAUUUGUCAUGUCCGUUGCCCUUUCAUCAGCCGCACUUGCCUUCCGACUCAUCGGGUCCGACGCAUUCAAUAUUCUCUCUGCGAUUGUCUCCGUUCUGAAUAUCAUGAUAUCCUUCGACACAAUGACCAACGUGGCACGUUAUAAGAUUCGCAACGAGGAAGCGCGGAUCCUAGUCUUCGAGAAGAAGCUCAAGGACAUUAAGAAAGCUCUCUCCGGCGCAUUCGCAAAGAACGAUCGUAACAGUAUCCCCGGAUAUCUCAAUCCCUUCGUUUCCGAGGUGGAAGAUCUUGUGAAUCGAUUCCAAAAGAGUGCACGGUACUACGGAAGCAAGGAGUCAGCCCAGCUGACCCGUGCUUUCCAGCGUUGGAAGGACAACUUUGACGAUCCCAAGGAGAUUCGCCGAUUUCAGAAACUGCUCGUGUCGGACUUGAUCGUUGAUACUUAUCAUGUGAACUCGUAUCUACAGGAGGAUCUUGUCAACAUUCACAGGUCACUGGAAGAAGCUUUGUCCUUCCUCAAACCAGCCAAGAAGGGUUUCAACCACGACUUGGCACAGGAGACGUUUCUUCGCUUGUGCUCUUUCACACCCGUUCUGAACCAAUCACUUCAGCGCGGAUCAAUCCGCUGGGGCUUCAUCAAGCAAAGAAAGGUUGCGCACUGGAACGUGGUUGUCACCUUGCGGUACCUUUACAGCCUGCUUUGCAGAUUGCUGAGAAUCAACGGUCGCUUUGCUCCAAUUGAGAGAUCCACCAAGGCAAUCUUGGACCAAGUCCAAAGCCUCUCUGCCAACUGUGACGACUUGAUACUUCGUCGCGAAGUACGAGACUUGAAGGAACUCUUUUGGGCAACUCACGAGAGCGACGUUGCUUCCAUGAUCUUCGUGUCGUCCUCUUUGGUGUUUGCAGCAUCGAUCGUGUUCACCGCUGCCCGCAUCUUCAGCAUUGAGAUCCUGGAACGGGCCGCCUUUUGGGCGUUGGUUCCUUCCACUGGUGGCGCCCUCUUGGCAAUCUUCCAUUUUCUUCGAAAGCUGCGUAUCUUGUGGAACUUGUGGUGGACACUACGAUCCAAGGCUUGCAACGCCGACGUCAAGCCUGACGAUCGCAAGAACAUUCGAAUGGUUGCAAGUUUGACACUGACGCAACUCUUGCUGACACUGAUGCGACUUGGCGCCGCAGUCGCCGCAUCAGUUGCCCUGCCAUUUUCCAUUGCCGAGAGUGGUUUCGGGGACAGGAUUGAUACGCCCAUGAUGUUGCCGUUUUGGAUUGCACUGGGUGCACUCGCCUUGGCCAUUCUAGCCACGGUGUUCUUUCUUAUUGUGGAGUAUGUCGUUCGGUACAGCCUAAGCCCCAAGUUCCCCGUCAUUAUUGUGGAGAGCUUUCGUGACGAGAUCAAUGCUCUGUACUGGGUGUUCCGCCGGCCUUGGAACGACGUUGACACCAAACAGGUUCAAGAAACCGUUGCUUGGGAGUAUGCUGCCCGUGAAUUUCUUCACAUUUACCGCUUUGAUACAGUGUUUGCCGCAGAUCGGUUUGGUGCGAUUCUUCAAUACAUUCAGUGUGGCAUGGAGACUGAGCAGGGUUACGACGAUUACGAUGGCGUCGAGGAAGAAGCCCCCGAAGAGAUCCUUUGA